AUGAUCUCAGCUGUCCAUCAUAUCGCGUCUGAAGCUGAUGGAUGCCUGUUGCUGCUGAUUCUCUCUGACAAGAUGUUAUUUCCAGAAAAGGAGGGUUUAAGCUGCGACUCAACAUCAGGAAUCUCUGAUGACCAGGGAAUCGAUGACCUGUCAAAGACAUGGCUCCUUCCUAGUAAUCCAUGUAAUUGCAGAUGGCGAGAGAGACUGGCCGAGUUUCUGAAGACGAACAAAGUGCAGUACGUGAUCAUCGCCCUGGUGGUACUGGACAGCCUCAUCGUCGUCUUCGAGAUGCUUAUAGACCUCGAAAUCAUCGUCAUUCCGGACAAUGGCCCAGUUGAGACUCAUAUCAAUGCAACACAUACCAAUCACACGGCAGCCUGGUACGAAAUGGGCGUCUACAAUGAGACGGAACACCACGGACUUUCCCGGAGAAUGACAAGAUCAACUGAACAUCAUUCUGGAGACAAAUACGUGCACAUAACGGACACGAAUGCAACAGACAAUCAUUUUUAUAUCAAUAGCAACGAUACUCAGCAUCAUGUACACCAUCAACAUCAUCAUCACAGUAACAAAGAAAUUGUCGAACAUUCGCUCCAUUACGCUAGCUUGACAAUAUUAGCUAUAUUUGUAGUGGAGGUUAUAUGUAAAAUAAUAGCUGAGGGAACACAUUUAUUGAAACAUAAAGCUGAGGUGUUCGAUGCCAUCAUCGUUCUAGUCUCCUUUUCGAUGGACAUCGCUUUCUCCUUCGUGUCUGUGACGUCAGCAGCACGAGACGCGGCAGGGCUCAUGGUUUUGCUCAGGUUAUGGAGAAUAACAAGAAUAAUAAAUGGUGUUAUAAUGUCUGUGAAGCUGGACGCAGACAAGAAGAUCAAUGAACAGAAGAUAGCUAGGGCCAAGGCGGAGGAGGAGGUGGGGAAACUGAGACGUCAGGUCGAUACGCUACAAACAGAGAUGAAGAAACUUCAGGACCGACUGAAACAGUACGAAUCUGAUGGCGAUGUGAGGAGAGCCACCUGUGACAAGAUAGAAGUGGCAGCGGACAUACAGAACUGUGACGAAGGAACGUGAGCAUGUACCUGUCAUCGUCGCUCAACUGUAUUGGUCGAAUCUGACCUUGACCUACACUUUUACAGAGAUGGAGAGCCCAUGCAGACACGUAGAACCACUGACAAGAGUGGAGGAAUGUGCGAGAGUCUGUGCUGUAGUUGUUGCAGGCCGCCUAUGACAGUGACAUCAGUUACUUGAAGCCAAACAGACCAAACAUAGUUUACAACUAAUAUUUCACAAACAUUAAUGUGUCGCUUGGCAGCAAUGAAUAUAUGGUUGCUAUCCAAGAACAUAAAUAUUCCAAAUUGGUAAGAAUAUUACAGGGGAGCAUAUCAUCGAUCGUGUCAAGUGCAAUAUAUGUAGUUUCAAUGCUGUCGUUCCAUUGCUCUGCUGUGAAUGUAUUGUCAUCUACACUCGUGCAGUCAGUCCAUGUUUGGCUUCCUUCCUUCGUCUCCCGUUCUCCCUCGUCCAUAGAUCACUGGAGAUAAACGUAUAGUGUUAUCCGUUUUCCUUUAGCAUACAUUACGUGUUGGAAUACAUCUUGCCAGUCCCUUAGUUAAGGCUCAGGUCUCUGCACAAAGUGCAUGACGGUGGACACGUGGCAAUAAAGACAUGUGUGGUUUGCUUCAGCCGGUGCACGUCGUACACGUGGAUAUAAGUGAACGUAUAGGUUACUACAGCUGGUGCACAACGUCGUACACGUGGAUAUAAGUGAACGUAUGGGUUACUUCAGCUGAUGCACAACGUCGUAUACGUGGAUAAAGUGAACGUAAAGGUUACUACAGCUGGUGCGCGUCGUACACGUGGAUAUAAGUGAACGCAUAGGUUACUACAGCUGGUGCACGUCGUACACGUGGAUAUAGUGAACGUAUAGGUUACUACAGCUGGUGCACAACGUCGUAUACGUGGAUAUAAGUGAACGUAAAGGUUACUACAGCUGGUGCACGUCGUACACGUGGAUAUAAGUGAACGCAUAGGUUACUACAGCUGGUGCACGUCGUACACGUGGAUAUAGUGAACGCAUAGGUUACUACAGCUGGUGCACGUCGUACACGUGGAUAUAGUGAACGUAUAGGUUACUACAGCUGGUGCACGUCGUACACGUGGAUAUAGUGAACGUAUAGGUUGCUACAGCUGAUGCACUACGUCGUAUACGUGGAUAUAAGUGAACGUAUCGAUUACUACAGCUAGUGCACAACGUCAUAUACGUGGAGAUAAGGGAAUGUAUGGGUUACUACUGUUAAACAGCUGAUGCACAACGUCGUAUAAGUGGAUAUAAGAGAACACAUACGUUACAACAGCUGGUGCACAACGUUGUAUACAUGGAUAUAAGUGAGUAUAUAUGUUACUACUGCUGGUAAACGACGGUUGAUAUGCGUUUUAAGUGAAUGUACGUGAAACUACAGCUGGUGAAUGACGGUUUUAUGUCAUGUAAGUGAAUGUACGUGAAACUACAGCUGGUGAAUGACGGUUGUUAUGUGUUGUAAGUGAAUGUACGUGAAACUACAGCUGGUGAAUGACGGUUGU